UCGUCCAAGCUGGGUUGUCGCAGCUUGAUGACGUAGAUGUAAUUGGUCAAACACGCCACCCUAUCAAUCCUCUGUUAUGCCUUCGACUAGACAGGCAGCGCGCAACGCGACGAGAAACAGUGCAGAGGAACAGUCAGAGCCUUCUGCUCAGAAAAAGCAUCAGCGGCCCAAACGGAAACGCGCUCCUACGUCGUCAAACUUGGUGGAAGACAACUCGGAAGAUCAUGAGCCGCCCCCCAAGAAAGUUUCUCGCACCUCGCCUCAAAGCACGCAUAAGCUGAGGAGCAAAACGCAAAAGUCAAAGGAGCUUGAUCGCAAGUCCAGUACACUGGCAAGCAAGGCAGCUGGGGCGAGGAAGAGCAAAGGCAACGGGUCCCGACAAGAUAUGCCAACUCCCAAGAAAAAUAACUCUGGACCGCGUUCAGCGAAGAAGUCCUCCAAAUCCAGGUCUUCGCGGACCGUACCGUCGGACGAAUCGGGGGACGAAAUGGAUUCAGAUGACAUAAUUGAGUCCCGUUUUCGCACUCGUAAGAGAUUAUCAGCCAAGGAUCUUGCGCUCGAACGACUUAGACGCAAGCGACUGGGGCUCAGUCCUCCCAAAUCGGAACCCUCCACCGACGAGUCUAAUGAUGAAAGUGACUUCAACAGUCUUUUUGACGAAGAUUCGGAGGAAGAAGUGAACUCGUCCGACUUUAUUGUUGAAGACGAUGGGGCAGGAGCAGUUGUCUUGCCAGAUGAAUUUAGCAUGGACGCGCAUGAGAAUGGAGUAGAUCAGUUCAAGAAGAUCUUUCAGUUUAUGGUCCAUCUCGCCGUACAGACCGAGCCAGAGAGAAAACAAUAUAUGACCAAGACACUGAAAGGGGAGAAAUAUUUCGCUGUGCCAAUUCAGGCCAUGAGAAGCAAUCUUUCGAGUAUCCGUGCCUCACUGACAAACUCUCGCUGGAAACCCGAAUUCGCUGCGCUGAUCGAGAAGCUUCCCGAUUAUGAGGUCAAAGACGUUUCAGCCGCGACCUCGUCGAAAAUUUGCGAUGUAUGCGGUACGAAGGGCAAAGGAAGAGACUGGAAGGUUGGGAGGUUUGGUGGCUAUGCGUAUGAUCGUGUUGGGUUCAAAGAAGUGGAUGAUCAACAAUCCGAGUCUUCUGACGAAGACACCGAUGAUGAGAGGGUCGUCCGACCUACAUUUCAACUCGGCUCAUUUUGUGCUCAACGAACGAGAACUUAUCAUCAAUUGACGCACUGGGAGCAUAAUCUAUUCAAAGCAGUUCUGCGCGAGGUGGAUCAGCUUUACGAGAUAUCUCAAGGGCGUGGCUCUGUCGUUGACGAUAACAAUGCAUUUGUGCACGCGACAUAUCGAGCGGGUCUCGCACCUCCUGAAGAUCUGCAGGAUGCAGAUGGCAUCAAUGAUUGGCUUGUCAAACGCGGUUUCAGUGACAUCGAGUGGAAGAAAAUCAAAGACAUGAUCACCUCGGCGCAGAAUCUGGAGAAGGCAGCGAAACGCGGAGAAACAGAUUAGAGGAGCGGAAGCUUGAGAUGCAGUCAUGACACUAGAUAUUUAUCAGCAUUUUGUACAACACUGCAUUCAAUCUUCUCGUACAAAGAUAAGUAAACCUAUUCCUGAAAAACGCGUGCUAUUCACAGUCCACGAUCCAUAACUCUUUGCACGUGGUCGCGACCGCCUUGCUCCCACUCGUCCCAAUAUGUCGCAAGCAAGGCCGAAUCUCUUCCUAGACCAGCGCCUCUCCCGCUACUGACUGGGCGGCCUGGCCUGCCCUCUGAGCAACACUCCCCAGAUUGUCCGAAUUGGCAGUCCACUGCAGGCGCCGCAAACCUAAACCACCCUGUUCCGAGGUAUCCAAGCAAUAUUGCAUCAGCAGGCCCACAGCAUUGGAUGUGACGAAGACAGGUUCCGCGUUGUUGCGUGAAGAAGACCGAUGAUCCCUGCGAAGCCAUUUCCUCUCGUUUUAUCGACGACGGCAAACAGAAAGGCGUCACUGCUCUUCAGAAUGUGUUCCUCGAGAAAAUCCGCGUCGAUGGUUACAGGAAUGUAUUGGUGGAUAUCAGGGUUGGCCGCCAAGAUUGAAUAGAGUUCGGGACCAUGUAGAUGCGGGUCGAAAGCGACCAGUUUUACGCGAGCAGAUUCGAGACCGCCCUCAGGCACAGGGAAGUUGAAAGGUUGACUCGGAAAUCUUCAAAUCGUCUCCGCUAAACCCGAACCGGCCGAUACAUACGAAAACCCGAAAUGCCGAAUGUAGAUCGCGUCAAAUCCAUGCUUCCAGUAAACAAGCAACACACAGCAAGUGUAGCGCACAAAUCCUGCAAACUUGCUUCACGGUUAUCGAGUUCGCAAGUGCAACAACUAGAGAACGUCGAGGUCAAUGAAGUUAGAUAAAUAAAAGGAGUAUCAUAUCACGUGAUCGUCCCGCUGUCAUUACCAGGGGAUUUGGACACAGAGCACGACCCUCAAGCUCACUGGUCUCUUUUUGACUUCUAAUGUCUCAACAGCAUACGAAUCCCGUCGCUCCAGUCAGUGCUCAAGCAACAAACACGAUCUCGACUCCGGCAACACCAACUUCUGUUACUCCAGCUGCUCCCACAACGCCGGCAACACCAGCAACGCCAACGCCAUCAACACCAGCCACUCCAGCGGCUACCCCAGCACUACCUGCGGGAUACCCUUAUGCAUUUCAAACUCCUUAUACCACGCAUCCAGCGUAUUCCCAAACGCCUGGGGCUCAUCCGUAUCAGAGCCCCGCGUCUUACGGGUAUCAAUGGAACUACCCUUAUUACACUCCUCAAGCCUCCGCCCCUGCUACCCAGCAGCGAGCUGUGCCUGUAACGCCUUCCCCUGCUGCUUCCCGACCGGUGAUUCCUGCCGCUGCCACUCCCAGAGCCACAACCUCUACGUUUUCGACGUAUCAGCCUUCUCAGCUUAGAGAAAGUGUUACUGCUGCUUCGACCGCGGGUGCAGCCGGCCGAGGCCCCCGAAAGCAAGCAAGCGUGCGAGGGACAUUCACGAAAGAGCUCAAGAAUCUCAUGUACGGCUUUGGCGAUGAUCGCAAUCCAGCCAACGACACGGUGAAUGUGAUGGAAGAGAUCCUGUUGGAAUACAUUACUGAUGUGUGCCAAACUGCUGGGUCCCAGGCUAAACGCGUCCGUCUAUCCAUCGAGGAUCUCAGGCGUGCUUUGUCUCGACCACCUGAUGCUAAGAAGCUUGCUCGGAUGGAAGAGCUGCUAUUCAUGCAGGAGGACAUCAAGCGUGCUCGAGCACAGUUUGAAGAAAAUGACGUUCACAAUCAACGAGACUUCUAA